AUGGUCGUUUCGAAAGAAAAAUGUGAAGCGGAAUCGAAACACAGAAGAGGAAUCAAUAAAUUUACGUUGAGUGUCAUUGACAACGAACAGCGGAACAGCCAUUUUUUUUUCGCAAAGGUUUAUCUCUACCUUUCUAAUUUGCUUUCUUUCUAUUGUUUCACCCAUCUUUUUUCUCCUUUCAUUUCCUUUCUCUAUUUCUUUUCAACUAACACUUAUUUUUUUUUAAUUUCUUUUUCUUUUCUCUUUCGCUUCCUUAGUGCUUUAUUUCGUUUCUUUUUUUUUAAAUUCUCUUUUUUUUUCUUUUCAAUGAUAUAUCUUUUCUUCUUUGAUUUUCUAACUGAUUUCUGCCUUCCUUUCUUUUUUUCUUUUUUUAGUUUUUUUUCUCUCACUUUUCGUUUCUUUACUCUUUUCUUGCCUUCGUUUUUCUUUUUCUUUUCGUUUCCGUACACGUUUCUUUUCUUUUCUUAUUUUUUCGCUCUUUUUCAUUUUACCGACAUUUUCGUUUUCUCUUCUUUCCUUACUCUUUCCUUCCCUUCUUCUUUCUUCCAUUCUUUGCUUUUUCUUCUUCCUUCUGUCCAUCUUGCCUUAAUUAUUCUCGCCUCUCUUCAAUCUUUUUUUUUUGUCUUCACCUCUUUUUUUUCUUUUCGUUCCUUCUUUCUAUUUGCGUUACUCCCCUUUUGCCUCAUGUUCUUUCCGUUAAUUUUUCCUUCUUUCUAA